ACGAACAAACACCAUCAUAGAUCUCCAUUUUUACAAUCACAAGAAACACACUAAUUUGCGAGCAAAAGGGUUUACCACUUUUUAUCUAUUUCCCAAACUGCCCCUCCAAUGUCCGCCGGCGACUCCACCACCAACCCCACCGGCUUCGCCACCCGGCUGAAGGAAUCCGUCCAAUCAGCAAUCUCCACGCGCCGCCCCUGGUCGGUGCUCCUGGACCCCACAUCCCUAAGCCUCCCCUCCUCCAUCUCCGACGCCACGACCCGCCUCUUCCAGAACCUGACCCACUUCCGCUUCAACUACUCCCUCCUCCUCCUCUUCAUCUUCUUCCUCGGACUUCUCAUCUCCCGCCCGAUCUCCAACAUCCUCGUCUUCCUCGUACUCCUCGCCGCCUGGUUCUUCCUCUUCUUCUCCCGCGACGAGCCCCUCUCUGUGGCCAGCUUCGUCGUCGAGGACGGCGUCGCUUUGACGGCGCUGGGCAUCGCCACUCUCGUGGCCGUGGUGGUCACCGGCGUGGGGUGGAACGUCGUCGUUUGGGUGUUGGUCGGGUUUUUUGUUGUGUCCUUGCACGCGGUGGUUAGGAGUACGGACGAUCUGGUUACGGACGACCGGCAGUCGCCUUAUGGGCCGCUGAUGUCUGAUGAUCAUGAUCCGCAGGGCACCUACACCAUUAUUUGAUGUUUCCGAGGUGCUCAUUCUGUUUCAAAGGCAACACCUUUGUGAAGAGUCUGUAAUUGUGAUUCAAGCCAUUGCAACUGUGGUCUCAACAUCCAACUUUCUUGUCCUUUCGAACAUGUCCUUAGGCCUUUUCGACGGAGUUAUCAGCGUUUGACAUUUUCUUUUCACGGUGAACUCUGGAGUGAGCUGGGGAAAAAUCUUGAAAAUGAUUGCACUUUUUUCAUGGAUCUCGUAUAUUUCUGCUAAUUCCACAGCAGUCAUUUGUCUCUCAAUUUAUUUCCGGUACUGGGAUUUUCCCUUUGAAGUAUUAGCGUAGAAUUAGCAACUUCAUGUUUUUGUUUUUGUUUUUGUUUUUGUGCACAUCAUGUACAGACAUUAAUUUCUACGGCUAAUUCAGGCUGCUAUUUUAAAAAGUCCUCUAUUUUUACCUC